ACAUCGCUAGACAGAUUGCAACUGUACAGUGAAGAACGAUACAUCUGUACGCAUUUGAUAUGUUGUAACGAGUUGCAACGGUAUAUAUUCUAAAUUAGAGAAUUUCUACAAUACUGUAUUUUAAGCACGGUGAAAUAAAAAAAACACACAUUCGGACCAAAAUUAUAAAGUGUUGAACUGUUGUAUUAAUACGACACAUUAAGUACCUAUCAGGAAAUUUGAUACGCUACGAUGUUAUUCACAAAACUGACGUUUCUACUUACGGUUUUACUUUUUGGCACUUACGGACUCGCAGCGCCGAAGCAUGAUAAAGUUGUCGUUUGUUACGUCGCAUCAUGGGCAACUUAUAGACCGUCUUAUGGCGCGUUCUCUGUAGAAAAUCUGCGCCCAGAACACUGUACUCACUUAGUUUAUUCAUUUGCUGGCUUAGACACUGCAACUUGGAGCAUCAAAAGUACCGACCCAUGGACAGAUAUAGAGAAAGAUGGAAUAGGCAACUACAGGAAAAUGACAGCUCUCCGACAACAAUAUCCACAUCUCAAAGUAACACUCGGUAUCGGUGGGUGGAACGAAGGCGGCGUAGGUUACUCGGCACUCGCUUCGUCACCGGAUCGUAGAAAAAUUUUUGUCGCCAGCACUAUCCAAUUUCUUAAAUUGUACGGAUUCGACGGACUGGACUUCGUUUGGAUGUAUCCCGGUAGUGGUGGAACUGGUUUGAACGACAAGGAGAAUUUUGUUAGCCUCUUGAAGGAGCUGCACGAAGCCUAUAAGACACCUGGUCUUUCGCUGACGGUAGCUAUAAGUGCGAUGAAGGAAACUAUUAAUCUAGGAUACAAUAUAGCCGAAAUUUCCAAAAACGUUGAUUAUAUUCACGUAAUGUCGUUUGAUUAUCACGGUUCGUGGAACCAGAAAGUUCUUCCACAUGCACCACUCCAAGCUAAAGACGGAUUGAGUGUGGAAGAUACUAUUACGUACUUAAUGCAGAUAGGAGCUCCAGCCGAAAAAUUAGUCUUGGCGGUGCCAAUGUACGGAAGAACUUACGUUCUGAUAACGCCACCAGAAAAUCCAGACGUUAAUCCAAUUGGUUUGAUGGCUCUGCCAAUUGGAUUUAGAGGACCUUACACCGCCCAAGACGGCUUCAUGGGAUAUAACGAGAUCUGUGAGGCACAAAUAGGAAAUCCAAGCGAUUGGACAACUGGAUUUGAUACAGACUCUAGCUCGGCUUAUACAAUUAAUAAGGAUCAUGUUAUCGUUUAUGACGAUAUCAAAUCUAUAGAAGCUAAGAUGAAAUACAUAAAGGAAAAGAACUUGGCGGGUGUUAAAAUAUGGAGCAUCGACACAGACGACUUCCGCGGCAGAUGCGGUGAGGCCGCAUACCCGCUUAUGAUGGCCGUCAAUGCAGCUCUGGAGGCAUCUGUGUAAUUCUUUUCUUCUUAAUUACGUUCCAAAUAAAUAUCAAAUAUCUGUAAAACUAAUUGGCAUCAAAAUUUAAUAAAUUAUUUUUAUUUUGA